AUGGCGCCAGGGGUGGUGCAAUCGGUGGGGCAUGUGCUGACCCGCUUCGCAACCCGGAGGACGCAAAUUGGAACGAGGAAAAUGUCAGCAAGUACGCUCAUUGGUUAUUUUCGCCCCCCUGGAGGAUCCUGUGAAAACAAAAUUAAAAACACAUGUGCGUUGUCCACGCAUGGAAGGGAAAUCCUGUGUGGGACUUGCCGCAGUGACAACCGGGUGUCAUUUGGUAAAGAGCAUUUUAGGACACUAAAUGGAGGGGGAGACAAAUCGGAUGAUCAAAAUGCAUGCAAGGGGGAAAUAGGUGAAGGGGAAAGCGGCCAUGUAAGCAGGGCUGCUACCGAUAUUGUUCAACUGAAUGAAGAUGGUAAGUCCGUGUCAAGUGACGGUCCACAUGGUACAACCACCGAUGUGAUGAAAACAGAAUCUGCAACAGAACCGGAAAGUGACCAAGUCAAAAAGGAAUACAUGGUGCUCAUGUUUACAUGCAAAAUAUGCGAAAAAAAAAGUGUGAAAAAAUUUUCCAAGCAGGCAUACAAUAAUGGGGUGGUUAUUAUUCGUUGCCCGUCCUGUGAGAACCUCCAUUUGAUUUCAGACCAGCUCGGGUGGUUCCAGGAGGGGAAGACGAACAUUGAGGAUAUUCUAAAACAGAAGGGGGAAAACGUCAUUAGGAAGUUUUCCUACAACAACAUGCUCGAGAUCGACGACCUGCUCAAUGCGUACAAGUGA